CAUGCCUUGCUUGUUUAUUUCACUAGAAAGAAAUAGAUCUCUCUUUUUUGUUACUUUUGAUAAAGCAGAAUAUGCACUAACACGAUGUUUUCCAAUCAGAGGUUGUUCCUCUCUGUGGUGAACUGAUAACCUUCUUUAGUGCUGAAACUUAUGCCAGUGGGGCUGAUGAAAUCAGAGCUGUUGUGCUAGAGUAGACUCAAGUUUGUCUUGUUGGCUGCAAGACAUGUUCUCUAAAAUCUGUGGUUUUAUUUUGAAUUGUUUGCAUUACAGAUACCACAUACGUAACUUAUUUUACAAAAGAAACAAAGGAAAAUAUUUAUUAGAUGUGUAAUGUAUCUAAUAACAUUGAAACGUUUUAUUUUGCGCAGUGGAAGUCGUUCUUCAAAAACAUUCAAGCCAAAGAAAAAUAUUCCAGAAGGAACUCAUCAGUAUGACUUAAUGAAACAUGCGGCUGCUACACUGGGAUCAGGAAAUCUACGGCUGGCCGUUAUGCUACCUGAGGGAGAAGAUCUAAAUGAAUGGGUUGCAGUCAAUACUGUUGAUUUCUUCAAUCAGAUAAAUAUGUUAUAUGGAACUAUCACAGAGUUUUGCACAGAAGAUAGUUGUCCAAUUAUGUCAGCUGGACCAAAAUACGAGUAUCAUUGGGCAGAUGGACACACUGUAAAAAAACCAAUAAAGUGUUCUGCACCUAAGUACAUUGACUAUUUGAUGACAUGGGUGCAAGAUCAACUUGAUGACGAAACACUUUUUCCAUCCAAAAUUGGUGUACCUUUUCCUAAGAAUUUUUUGUCGAUUGCAAAAACAAUAUUAAAGCGGCUCUUCCGAGUCUAUGCACAUAUCUAUCAUCAGCAUUUUAGUGAAGUGGUUCAGCUUGGAGAAGAAGCACAUUUAAAUACUUCCUUCAAACACUUUAUUUUCUUUGUUCAGGAAUUCAAUCUAAUUGAACGACGAGAAUUGGCUCCUUUGCAAGAGUUAAUAGAGAAGUUAACAGCGAAGGAGGCGCGAUGAAGAGCUAUGUAUGUAAUGAAUGAAAGAAUCGAAAGAGACAACGUGAGUAUAAAACAUCAUAAGAAGAAUUGAGAAAACAAAACACUGCGGUAGAAAACCUCUUCCAAAGAAUUCCUCAAUCUCCCGUGAUCUACCUGUCUAAAAUGCGUAAUCACACGAAUCAUUUUAAAACGACCACAGCUUAUUCACAUCCACACACCAGUAGUACGUUGCUACACUUUUCUCUCCUUCUAUCACCAUUACCAUGUAAUUUGGAUUUUUUCGUGAUGCUUGUGCGGGUAUACACAGAAUUGCAGUAUGAGUUAUCAAGUGCUUUUAUGAAGAUUAUCGACUAAGGAAGACGUCAGUGCAAAGAAUAGAAAACAACGUUAAAGUCAUCAACGAGACGAAAGUGAUUGUUUUGUUUUGUAAGACUUGCGUUUUACGUGAAAGACAAGAUUGAGAAUAACGAGCGUCAAGUGAAACAUUGAAGAUUAGCUUUGCUCCAGAUUGCGGGGAUGAAAAUGCAUUUAAUCCUUUCUCUUUCUUCUGUUUUUUACUUGUGUCUUUUAUCCACCGAUUACGUUUAAUAGUUUUUUUUUAAACAAAGUCACUAAGCUUCUUUACCGCUGAAGGACACAAUAAUUUGAAGACUAUUUGCACAUGACACAUAGGAGAAUUUAACUGAAUGAUUGGUUCUAUAGUCGUAAAUCUACUUUACUAAUCUUUUUUGGUUAUUAUUUAGAUAAAUUGACAUUGUGAAUUUCAAUCAUUUCAUUAUCUGUGAUAGAAACUUUAUACUCUCCUGGAAAAGAAGUCAUUUCUAGUGUUUUAUUUAUUUUUUCUUCGUGAAAAUGGAAAAUAUGACAUAAAUGAUUCCAGUUCCAGAUGAAAGAUCGUAUGAGGUGAUUGAAAUUUCGUUGAAUAAAUUAUUUAUUCACUACAGAAUCGAUUGUAAAAUAGGAGCUGGAUAUUAUAGUUCAUAAUCCUUAUAGUUUGAAUGUUGUUCUAUGCGUUUGUAAGUGUUUAAAAGAAAAUCAAGAACAUUUCUUUGAGCGUUUGAAAACUGUAGAGACAGGCUGAACUUCAUCAAUUGUUCGACUUUGUCGCUGUUCUUUUAUUUUUCCUAGAAACUUAUUAUAACAGCGUUUGGUCUCAUAAGGGUAUUAGGAUAAUAUGAUAUCGUAUCACAGUAAUAUUUCAAUUCAUUUUAAAAAUUAUUGUUCAGUGCUUCGAUUACUUUAAGUUUGCUUUAUUAUCAAUCAAAAUUUUUUUUCGCGCUUACGUGGACAAAAUGCGUUUUACUUACUUUUUAUUGUGCUAAAAAUUUGACUCAAUAAUUGUUGCCAAUUUUUUGAAGUGAAAUAGUUGAUGUUUUGAAUGUAAUAGCAUAAGUGAAAUGAGCUUUUAAGAAAAAUCGUAAGUAUGUACAACGUAUGAGUGUAAAACAUUAAAAGCAUGACAUUAAUUGUAAGGAACUACUAAAAGAAGUACACGAAGUACUGAACAUCGUUGUCAUUCAUUCGGUCAAUAAGCGAAAACGAUAACAAAAAAAUUAUGCGUAUCGUCAAAUCAAGAAAUAUCUACUCGAACUAACAAAAAAGAAGACAUUUUUCGAAAAAUUUUUACCAAGCAACUCUUAUAAACUUAGAGAUUGUAGUGAGUCGCUUUCUUAGAAAGGCGAUGCUGCCUUUAACAAACAGAAAAAAUCUUUCAUCGAUCGCAUAGAGCUCGCUUGAGAUUUAAUAUCAGCGAUAACGUUUAAAAAACAAAAUGGCUACUACUAUUUUUUUAAUUUAUCCUUGAGAAAAAAAUUGUUAUCGAUAGUGGGAGAAUGGAAAACAACUCUUCAUCAGGCUCGAGCAAUGUGUAUAUGUAUAUUGAGGGGACUGUCUUCGAUGUAGCAGUCCGUUCGAGGUGAUGUUGCCUUAAAAAAGGACCACUCGAAGACUCGUUUCUCAUUCUCCGGUAUAAAAUUAAGAUUCAGAAAUCGAGAUAUUUUGAUGAAUGAAAUUUACAACAGCGAAAAAUCCACGAUCGAUAAAGAAAUCAAUUCGCUCAUUAGUUUUUUGUUGGAACUAUUUUAAUUUUACACUUUAGAGAUUAAUUCCUUUUAAUUAUUAUAAAUCAUUGAUGUCGAUGAAGCUCUAGAGUAAUUUUUUAAAAAUACUGUUUUUUUUAAACGUAAUGACGCAUUUAUUUGUUUUACACUACAAAUAAUCACGAGUUAUUUUUAGAACAGUCAUAUUAGAAGUUUCAACAAAAUCGGAAAACAAAAAAUUAGUGUACUUAAAGAAUAAGUAAGCCAAAAAAAGCUAAUGAGAGACAGGAAUUCGAGUGGCACCCAAACGUAGGUCGUAUUGUUUAUCAUAAAGUGAUACUUAGUCUCAACAUGCAUUUCUGCCACAAUUACAAAUUAAUAUCGGUAUUCUAAACGGUUUGAUUGAUCAAUUUCAAUCACAAAUAGAAAGUCUAAUAACAAAGUCGCAUUGUCGUGUGCAGUUGAAGUAUAUAGUUUUGAUAAAAUAAAAAUACACUAUUAUCUCUGGAUUUCCUCUGUGAGGAAGUGAAACGCGUAGUAAAAUUGAAAGUCGUCGCAAAUGAAUUGCAUGUUGAGUUCGAGUAAAUCUCUUCCUUUAUAUUUGCCCUAUUCGAAAUAUUGAGCGCUUUUAUUUUCACACCAAACUCACAUAGAGACAAAAAUCCUCUAUAGGAAUGCAGAAAAUAAAUGAAAGAAAGAAAGCAAAAGGUCUGCCACGUUGUAAUUUUUAUAACAUCCGUCGAACGUCAUAUAUUUUUCAAUGAAAGCGUAAUAAUUGUUAUAAACCAAGUGUCGCGUCCAUGAUUAAGACGCGACAAAAAUGACGUGUCGCAGGUCGUCAUUGAGCUGUACUUGAGAUUUUUUUUCUCUGGUAGAACUCAUGACGCUAAUUCAACACUCGUGCCAGAGUCUCUGGUGAUAAAUUUGUGCAAUGUAAAUAGUAUUUUUUCCAAAUAAACGAAAGCUCGAUGUAAUCAUUAACUUCUUGACUUAUUACUUACCGGAACACCUUUGCAUUUUGCCAACAAUAAAUAAAUAUAAUAUUUAUCUUAAAGAUAAUAAGCGCAUGUAAUGU